AUGUAUGCCUAUUUUGGUUUCAGUGGACUUCAACAAGUGAAUUUCCUUCCGGUCCAGGCCAUCCUGCAAUUGCCUUUGCACAAGCUUCUCAUAGGCCUCAGCGAUGAUCACUGGCUCCGGCGUCAUCCCAAGUUUCCAGCAAACAAGUUCCUGAUCUUUGAUAGCCAACAACAACGGCUGCGUCUUCGUGUUGCUUCUGAAUAUUCGAGCUACUCGCUUCUUUGUGCCUCGCUCUAUCAAGAUAUUCUCAUGCUCAAAACCGUCAAACUGGUUCCUGGUGUGUGGCCUCACAUUCUGCAGCCUCCUUCCACCUCCACCUUAGAUUGGUUGAGCUUUGAUUUCUUCGGCAAAUUGGGCACUAAAGAUCUAUGGACUCAGUACCAUCCCGUAACCUUUCGUCAGCAGUAA